AUGUUUAAAAAGAGAACUAUAAGUAAUAUAAAAAAUAAGAAGAAAAUCGAAGACAUAAAAGAGGAUAAGGAAGAUAAUGAAAAUGAUGACACAUUUAAAAAUACUGAUGAAAAAGAUACAAUUAAUAAACUAUGGAAUGUAAAAGAGAAAGGAGAUGAUGAUGACGAUGAUGCUGUUUGUAAAUAUAUAUUUAAAAAGAAAUUAAAAAAGAUAGAUGAAGAAAAUAAACUUAAUUUAAAAAAAAAAUCACAUAAAUUAAUCAUACAAUCGAAAAGUGAAAAUAAUAAAGAACCAAAUGAAAAGGAUGAAGAUAAAGUAUAUAAAGGUGAAUUUAGUGAAUCUAAAAAUUAUGGUUCUUAUGAAAUCGAUAAAGAUUGGAAAAAUGAUCAUAGAGCUAUAAUGGAACGAAAUAUUGAAAUUGGAGAAGAAAUAUUAAAAGGUAAUUUAAAAGCGAAUAUUUAUAGAGGAAAAGAUGCGCAUGAAAAGGCAUUGAUGAUAAAAAAAGAUAGUUUAGCAAAGAAUAAAUAUACAGGGCUAUAUGGGCCAGUUCGAAAUACUGGAGCAAAUGUAAGAGUUACUUUAAGAAUAGAUUAUGAACCUUGCAUAUGUAAGGAUUAUAAGGAAACAGGAUAUUGUGGGUUUGGAGACACAUGCAUAUAUUUGCAUGACAGAAGUGACUAUAAAAGUGGUUGGAAAAUUGAACAGGAAUAUGAAGAAAAGCGAAAACGAAAUGAAGCUUUAAGAAAAGAAAAAUUGGAAAAGUGGAAUCAAAAAAUGUUAAAAAAAUUAAAAGAAAAAGAAGAAAAGUUAAAUAAUAACGAUGGUGAAAAUGGUGAUAAUGAAAAUAAUAGUGAUGAUAAAUCUUCAAAUGAAUUAUCCGUAAAUUCGAUGUCAGAAGAUGAGAAUUUGUCUAAUGAAAGCUUAAGUGAUGAUGAAAAUAACUUGCCAUUUGCUUGUAUAAAAUGUAAACAAAAAUGGAAGUUGGAAAUGAAUCCAAGUGUUACAGAAUGUUCCCAUUAUUUUUGUGAAAAAUGUUUUAUGGAAAUGUUCCAGAAAAAUAAAAAAUGUUUCAAGUGUGGAUUGCAAUUGAGUGGAAUAAUGAAUGCAGCCAACAAUAUUAUUGAUAUUUUAAAUAAAAAAAACACUUCGAAAUAA